AUGAACGUGUCGUGCGUGGAGUGCGGCCCGCCGCCGGACGCGAUCCUGCACAUCCCGCCGCCGCCGCUGCCCACGUUCCUGCAGCGCGCGCUGGCGCACGACGGGCAGCCCGCCUGCGCGGCGCCCUGCGCCUUCACGGACACGCCCGCCGUCGAGUACGUCGAGCUGCCCCGCCAAGGCCCGGCGCUGGACGACACGUGGCUGCUGGUGCUGGUGUCGUCGUGCGCGGGCGUGCUGCUGCUCGGCGCCCUGCUCGCCUUGCUGCUCCUCAAGUGCAAACUGCCGCGCAGCGGAAAGGGCACCCUGAGCCUGGAUGGCCCGCCGCUGGACGGCAGGGUCUCGAAGGGCUGCGAGGCCGUUCUGUACCCGCACAGCGCCGACAGCCGCAUGGCGCUCUGGGCCAUGCUGACCCCGCGCGGCACGGCGCACCACCUCGCCGACGGCGGCGGCGGCGCGGGCGGCGGGGGCGGCGGCUGUGCCCGGAGGCCCGCGUCGCCGCCCCCGGCCUGCAAGGCGCCGCCGCCGCCGCCACCCGCCUCCGGGAGCACGCCCACCAACUUCGACAACUCGGCGUUCGUCGACUCGGAUGCGGACGGCACGUCGGCCGACGCGUUCCCGCUGGGCGAGCUGUCGGAGGGCAGCCCGCGCGUGUCGCCGCCCACGUGCAUCGAGCACCCCAACCUGCCGCCGCUCAACCUCCACCCGCACGGCCGGCCGCGGCGCGCGCCGCUGUCCCGCCAGGGCUCCGACGCGGCGUCGCCCGCCUCGCCGGUCGUCCUCUAA